AUGGCAUCGGAGCCAGUUGCGCUACUGGACGACGCCCUCGCAGAGGUCCUCCGGCGUCUCGCGCCGCACGUCCUGGCCGAGGCCCGGCAGGUCUGCAAGGCGUGGCGCGACGCCGUUGACAACCGCCUGCGCGGCAGCAUGCUUUCGCGCUCGGUGCGUGGCAUCUUCAUCACCUUCACGGCGUGGCACUUCUCGUUCUCGGAGUUCUUCUCCCGCCCCUCGAGGGGCCCGGCGAUCGACGGAGGGCUCUAUUUCCUGCCGUACAUGGACGUCAAGGUCACAGACCACUGCGAGGGCCUUUUGCUUUGCCGUGAGUCGAGCGACGGUGCACUGCCGCACCCGCGCGAGUACGUCGUCAACCCGGCCACCCGUCGGUGGGCGCGUUUGCCCAAACGCCCCUUGCCGCACAUGCCAGGAUUAGAAUACACCGCCCACCUCGUGUUGGAGCCCGCCGUGUCGCCGCACUACCAGGUCUUUCUGAUCCCACGCGUACCAUGGCGACUGCCAGCCGAUGGCGAAUCCGACGACGACAACCCGUUGCUCAAAUUGGAAUGGCCUUCCUUGUCAUACCUCAUCCAUGUGUUCUCGUCGGUGACUCAGCGAUGGGACGAGACGACCUUCCUUCGGGAAGGGGAGGCUGCCGGGAUCAUCGCCGACAUGCAGUCAAAUUGGUGGUAUGAUCAGCCUCUUUAUCGUGCUGUCUACUGGCAAAACGCACUCUACAUCCAUUGCCAACAUAACUAUCUUAUGAGGAUGACCUUGUCAGAUCACACAUACAUAGUAAUUAAACUACCAUGUGCCAAAAUUAAAAAAAAAACUACCAUGUGCCGGUGA